GAAGCUAAGGUCACACUCAUUCGGGAUUGGAGCUGUUCAGCGCGCGCAGUAAGCCACAGGAAACCAGAGAGUCAGCGCCGGAAAGAGAAACCUUCCAAGAUGUCUCUGUCAAAUAAGCUCACCCUGGAUAAAGUGGACGUUAAAGGAAAGCGUGUAGUUAUGAGGGUUGAUUUCAAUGUUCCAAUGAAGGACAAGGCCAUUACAAACAACCAGAGGAUCAAGGCUGCACUUCCUUCCAUCCAGCACUGUUUAAACAACGGAGCCAAAUCCGUGGUGCUGAUGAGCCACUUGGGCCGGCCCGAUGGUGUACCCAUGCCUGACAAGUACUCUCUGGAGCCUGUGGCUGCAGAACUCAAGAACCUGCUGGGAAAAAAUAUUACGUUCCUGAAAGACUGCGUUGGUGCAGAAGUGGAGCACGCCUGCGCUGAUCCUCCUGCAGGUUCUGUCAUUCUUCUGGAGAAUCUGCGCUUCCAUGUGGCUGAAGAAGGCAAGGGCAAGGAUGCUGCAGGAAACAAAACCAAAGCAUCCCAGGAAGAGAUUAAUGCUUUCAGGGCCUCCCUGUCCAAACUGGGCGACAUCUACGUUAACGAUGCCUUCGGAACAGCACACAGAGCACACAGCUCUAUGGUUGGAGUCGAUCUGCCUCAGAAAGCUGCAGGUUUCUUGAUGAAGAAGGAGCUGGACUACUUUGCUAUGGCCUUGGAGAAGCCACAGAGACCAUUCCUGGCCAUCCUUGGGGGGGCCAAAGUGAAAGAUAAGAUUCAGCUGAUCAACAACAUGCUGGACAAAGUGAACGAGAUGAUCAUCGGCGGCGGCAUGGCCUUCACCUUCCUCAAGGUCCUCAAGAACAUGGAGAUUGGCACUUCCCUGUUUGACGAGGAAGGAUCCAAAAUCGUCAAGGACCUGAUGGCGAAAGCUGAGAAGAAUGGAGUCAAGAUCACACUUCCUGUCGACUUUGUAACUGCAGACAAGUUUGAUGAGGGAGCCACAACAGGAACAGCUGCAGUGGCUGAUGGCAUUCCAGCAGGUUGGAUGGGUCUGGACUGUGGGCCUGAGAGCUCCAAGCUGUUUGCUGAGGCUGUGAGCAGAGCUAAGCAGAUUGUUUGGAACGGACCUGUUGGUGUGUUUGAGUGGGAUAACUUCGCCAAGGGAACCAAGAACCUGAUGGACAAAGUUGUGGAGGUGACCAAAAGUGGCUGCAUCACCAUCAUCGGUGGUGGAGACACAGCGACCUGCUGUGCCAAGUGGGACACGGAGGACAAAGUGAGCCAUGUGAGUACAGGAGGUGGAGCGAGUCUGGAACUGCUGGAGGGAAAAGUGCUACCUGGUGUAGAUGCUCUCAGCAGCAUUUAAACAUCUGGCACAUCAUUCACCAGAGCUGUGAACCUGUAUCCUGAAGAGUCUCUCGCUACACACUUGUUCAUUUCUAUCAGUUUACAGAGCCACAAAUGUCCCGUCUCUAUUCAACCAACAGUAAACAUUUACUGUACUCUGCUUUAGUAACUCUGCUAAUUUUUUUUUUUUUUCCCUGCUCCUGUUUACUCCAUUGCUAACGUAAGGCCUCAGCUAUGCAGUUAGCACACCGUGUCCUUCUGAUCAGUUUUCCGCUAAGGAAUGCGUGAUGCUCCGGCUUUACUUUCAGUAUCGGGUCAUUGGUCUCGCCUGCUGAAGUGUUAGUGUGUUCGUGUUCUCUUUAUAUCACCCCUAACUGUAUUCAGCAUACAAAGAUGAAAACGUGGUGUGUGUUGUAACCAUAGAGAUCUUAUUAGGCACCCCUUAAACGAUGUUAAGACUGUAUGUGAAACUGUAGACACUGUUGCACUUCUCAUCCUGGCCCUAGGGCUUGUAAAAUAAAUGGGCUGCUCAGAAGAUAUGUGCGGUCUUUAAUGGACUAUAAAUAAAAGUUUUAAAAAGUU